CGAUGCGGUACUUGAAUUGUCCUAUAACAGUCCUCCCUUCAAGACAAGGACCACGAACUACGUGUCCUCACCCCAGCGAUUAUCUUGAUCUGCUAGACGCCUUGUAUCGAUGUGGUACUUAAAUUGUCCCAUAGUUAGAUACUAUAUGAAAUUCUCUUUGAUAUUAUGAGACACAUCCUUUACCACUAGGAUAUGAUCAAGCAAUAAAUCAACACACCUACUCUUUGUUAUUUGUAAAUUCCCUAGGGCUUGAGCGCCCUCCGCCCCUGUAUGAAACGUACUAAAAAUAAGGCAGCGCGAGGCGAUACAUAUCAAAAUAAAUCUCCAUACCCGUCCCAUACUACUAUGAAUCAAGUAAUACCCGAGAUUAAACCAAAUUUAGUAGCACGAAUCAAGUAAAAAAUGACCAUCACUAGCCUAUAAGCAAGGUUGUCAAACCGGUUUAUACCGUUGUGUCGGUUUGGCAAGUGGAAUGGUAUGGCCGGUGGUAUAACCAGUUUGUGCCGGUUCAUGUCGGUUUAAAAAAGUGUAAAAACAAUUAAUAUCCAAUGUAUUUAAUCAUAUAUAAAACACAUUUGUGGACAAUUAAGUUACAAUCCAACAAAUAUCAUCAACUUUUAACUAUUAAAUUCAUAAAAUGAAUGAUAAAUUAAUUUUUAUAUUAAUUAAAUUCAUUAAACUGAUGUUAGUUUGCUUAGAAUACGUAAGUCGGUUAUACCGAUGAUGUCAUGCCGGUUUCAUAACCGACACAGGUUGAACCAGGUUCAACCGGGUGGCAUGCCACCGGCGUGACAACCAUGCCUAUAAGUUAUAGGGGUCGUUUGGAUGUGGAAAUCUACAAAGGUGGUAAUUAACUCAAAUUACCACAGUUUGUAAAACCUAGCAAUUGGCUUCUGAAAUUGGAUCAAAAUUCCUACGUUUGGCUAUGGUUUGAUUGAGUGUGAAAUCUGGUGUGGUAUUUAUGCUUUUUGGGAGAAAGUACAACAAUAUCCUCAAAAGUGAAUGGAAAAAGGUUCCCCUCUUCUCUUGCUUUACCUCUACCCACGAAGACCCAUAUCAUUUGCUCAACUGGCCCUCCGCCCCUCCCUAAAAGCUCUUCUCCUGUCUACUCGUCUUCCCCUGCAGCUUCCUCCCCAUCGAGAAACUACCACAACUUCGUUCUACAAAGGCAGCAGGAGUGAAGAAAGAAGGCCAUCGCGUCUCCCGGCAAGGUUGUCAGGUCGAUGGCGGACACAAACGAAAGGAAGGAAAAAUUGUGUGGGUGUGGGAAAAUAGCUGCUGUUCGGACUUCGAAGACCCCAAAGAACCCAAAUCGAAAAUUCUAUUCUUGCCCGAAAUACCCAUCAAGUGUAAGACUCCUAACUGCUAUUUCGUUUGUGUGAAUUAGGCAAAGAUUGUGACAUAAAUGUCUAUAUAGAUUGAUGUCUCAGAGAAGCAGAUUUUGGUUGUUGAUUUUGAAAGGCUGCACGCAUUUAUGGUGUGUUUUGGCUUACAGGGAUAUUGUGACUUGUUCGAAUGGUGUGCUGCUACUGAUAUGAGUGGCAAAGAAGAUGAAUUGUACAAGUUGAUUGCCAAUUUGCAGAUUAAAGUUCAAGAGCUGGAGGUUGAGAAUAAUUCCCUUGUUCUAAAACUUAGCGGUGAACUGGAUGGUUCAUUGGUCAUUCCAACAAGUUCAAGUAGUUCGAACAACACUAGUACUGUCUCAUUGGACUCCAAAGUUGUAGCGGCAAUGGAAAGAAGAUUGUCUCGAGUGGAGAAGUAUCUUGGCUUCUAUGAGUGAUGAUGUCUUUAGUUUGGUUGAAUGUGAAAGGUUGAACCUUGUUAAAGUAGUUGAUAGUUUAGAGUUGUAAUGAAUAUGUGAAUGGUUU